AUGGCGGCCGGCAGUGCGCGCAUUGUGCGCUACAUCCUGUUCGCCUUUUUCCUAACCGACUCGACCGGCGGCCCCAUUGGCAGCAGCCCUGGUACUCCGUCCACCUCGCACUCAGAUCUCGCCGAAGCUCCCAUGGCCAUGUCUCCCGCCGAUGCAGGCUGGGACAAUCUCCUGGGCACCGCUCCCGGGCCCCGCAUGAACGCUACAUUUGUCACUCUCGCAAGGAACAGCGACGUCUGGGAGAUUGCGCGUUCCAUUCGUCAGAUCGAGGAUCGCUUCAACCGCCGAUACAACUACGAUUGGGUCUUCCUGAACGAUAAGCCUUUCGAUGCUACUUUCAAGAAGGUCACCGCCUCGCUCGUUUCCGGCAAGACUCACUACGGCGAGAUUCCCAAGGAGCACUGGUCCUUCCCCGAGUGGAUUGACCAGGACAAGGCCAAGAAGGUUCGCGAGGACAUGGCCCAGCGAAAGAUCAUCUACGGCGACUCGGUCAGCUACCGCCACAUGUGCCGCUUCGAGUCUGGAUUCUUCUUCCGCCAGCCCCUGAUGAUGAACUACGAGUGGUACUGGCGUGUCGAGCCCAGUGUCGAGCUCUUUUGCGACGUCCACUACGACCCUUUCCGCUACAUGGCCGAGAACAAGAAGAAGUACAGUUUCGUGCUCAGCUUGUACGAAUACGUCGAGACCAUUCCUACUCUCUGGGACAGCACCAAGAAGUUCAUCAAGAACCACCCCGAGCACAUCGCCGAAGGCAACUCCAUGGGCUUCCUCAGCGACGACGGUGGCGAAACCUACAACCACUGCCAUUUCUGGUCUAACUUCGAGGUGGGCAACCUGGAAUGGCUGCGAUCCAAGGCUUACGUCGAUUACUUCGAGUCUCUGGACAAGGACGGUGGUUUCUUCUACGAGCGGUGGGGCGACGCUCCCGUCCACUCGAUCGCAGCCAGCUUGUUACUGAAGAAGGAGGAACUGCACUUCUUCAACGACAUCGCUUACUACCAUGUGCCUUUCACCCACUGUCCGACUGGCGAGAAGACGAGACUUGAUCUCAAGUGCCACUGCAACCCCAAGGACAACUUUGACUGGAAGGGUUAUUCUUGUACACCGAGAUAUUUCGAGGUCAAUGGUUUGGAAAAGCCGGAGGGCUUUGAGAACCAACAAGACUAA